AUGGCUUGUCUCAACUUUGUCCGCCGCACUUGGCAGAAAACCAUCGACAAGGCCGGCCAUGACGGCGUGGUCCUCAAGAACAUGGUGGUGACCCAGGCAAAGCCGGGGUGGGUGCGCACUGAGCUCAAGAUUGGCACCGAGCACAUCAAUAACCACAACACGAUCCACGGCGGCGUCAUCCUCUCCAUGGUCGAUACUGUGACCUCGCUCGCGUUGCAGAGCCGCGGUAUCGUUCCCCCAACCGGUGCCAGCGUCAAUGCGAGUUGUGAGUUUGUGCGCCCCGGCGGCAAGGUUGGGGACACAAUCUAUGGCCAUGGAGAGGUCACGCAGUUGGGUAGGACACUGGCGUACACCCGCGUCAACUUUUACAAUGCGCAGGAUAAGAUUGUCGCGUUCGGCUCGCAUACCAAGUUUAUGGGCAAGAACCAGCCCAGCGUCGGGUUCAGCCCCGACGGCGAGACUGAGGUGCCGCUCGAGGGCAAGCACGGGCACAAGCUGUAG